UAUUGUUGUUGUUGCCGAAGGUGUUGUUUUGAUCGGUAUCAGCGCGGAGGAAAGGAAAAUAAAUAAAAUCUUUGGUAUACAUUCCUGUGCUGUAUCGUGCGAAAUUAUUCCACGCUUUUGUACGCUCUUAUGUGAAUCUAGUAAAAUAUUUACAAUUUUUUGUGAUUUUGUGCGUUAAUAGAAAUUUUAUUGGACAAAAAUGUCCCCAAUUGCGGAAUUCCCUCAGUUUAGAUAAGAGGGCGUACGCAGUGUGUUCCCCCCGACGAGUUUCCCCUAAAAAUGCUAACCUAAUUGAAUGCGGUCAAAAGUUAGCGCUGAGUAAGUCUGUUAUCAAUAGCUACGCAAUCUCAAUACAUUGGAUAUCGGAAAGUCACCCCCGAAAACUAAAGACACCUGCGAAAAAGAGGCAACCGACAACAUCUACGGCCAAUUGGUGUACGCUUGGUAUUGAUAAGGGAGUAGUCCCUCGGCUGAUUACGAAAUAAUAUUACUCAGUACAGCCCAGCGGAAAGCCUAAUCGUGGCGAUUGUGAUUCACGGCAGUUUACGUUCAGAUAUUCAACCAUAGUGUUGACGCUGAGUCAAAUCGUGCACGGUGAACACUGCAGCAACAAUGUUUCGUAAAAUAUGGAAAUCCAUUUCCUCCGUUUAUCUGCUGUACGAACUCAACACCUGCAUAUACAUGCUGGAUCCUUGGGAAAAGCGCUUUGUCAAUGCGUUCAUAUUUGCCAUUUUAGGGCUGCUGAUCUUCUCGAGCUACACGUUCCUGCCGGGAUACACGCGGAAAUUGGUUAACGCAUUCCUUCCUGCCCAUUCCGCCCUGUCCGAUCUCGACAUGGACCAUCAGCGAUCAAUGGAGUUCAACAUACACUGACGAUAGAGGGGAUGCGAUGCUAUCGGAGGACCUUUUGUGAUACUGCAAAUCAAGGGCCAAUGGAGGGAACAUUGCACGCACCGACGAACCUUGCCAAUGUGCAGAGCACAAACAAUCGGAGCACCGCUAACUAGACUAGCUUAACUCUAAUGUUACAAACAAAUUCGAUACAAUUGUAGUCAGAAGCUGUGUUAAUUUUGGUUUGAACGCCCUUGCUUUCGAUUGCUUUUGAGCGUUAGUUAGAAAUAGUGAUGCAAAAUCUUCUAUCAACGGUCUAGGACGAAUCGCAAGUAAAUUAUGAGUAAGGAAAUAGCUUUAAAAAAACCUACAUCUGAAAAAAAAAUAAACGCAUUAAAAUU